AUGAAGGACGAAGGCGAGCUGAGAAUUACUUACGAAGAGAAGGACCGGCUCCAAAAGGCAUUCAGGCAACACGAAUUCCGAGCGCUAUUUGACGACUACUUUGAUGAAGUUUCUGAUGAGAAGUACCGAAAGGAAAAGGAGGACUAUCUCUUCACCUUAUAUUUUAAGGGGGAGCUUAAAGAAAGCCAAAUUCUUAUCGAGCCGAUUGUAGCCUUCUGUGUGAAGACCAAAAUUUUGUAUUCCAACCAGACGCAGCAGAAGAUGUUUUUGAACAUUUGUGCGCACGAGGGGAUGCACUGCAUCUCCUUUGAGGGCGAGGGGCGCGGCCGGCUGAGCAUCCCCUACUCCCUCUCGCAGAUGCGGCCGGAUAAGACCGGAAAAGGCGCGUGCUGCCUCACCGUCGACUGCUGCACCAACCCCUCCACCAUAGACACCGUGAGGACGCACAACGAAAUUCUGAACCACCUCCUGGAGAACGUGUGCAUGAACAUCGAAAAGAAUAUACUGAAAGACAGAGAGAAGGUCAGCCGAGAUUUUAAAAUAUCCAAGAGGAUGGCGUGCAAGGGAGGGAAGCCCUUUGUCCUCUGCAUCAACAAGGAGUUUUUACGGCCGUCGGUUGUGCUGGAGGUGCAGAAGAAGCUAGAGGGUAUGAGGAGUAAGUUCGAGCGGGUGGGCGACACCGCGACGCCGUCGAACGUGGAGGGACUUACGUUGGGGGUUAAGGUAAAGACGGAGGUGCGCGCGAGGGGGGACCGCCCCGAAUGUGUGAAGAAGCACCAGGAGGAGGAAAAGAAUCACCCCAAAUCUGCGAAGAAGCACCAUGAGGAGGAAAAGGAUCCCCCCGAAUGUGCGGAGGAUGGCGAGCUAGAGAGCACCACGCAGCCUAACGAAUCCGUAAAACGCUCUAAGGAGUGCACAAAGAAGACGCAAAUUUUUGUCACCUACCAGGGGUCCAUAAACGCUGCUUCUCUGUGGAGACAGAACGAACAGCCAAAUGUGUGCAUAAGCUUGCCAGAGAAAAUAAAAGUUUCGGUGUGCACUAAGGGGUUCGUAAGGCGCGAGAAUAUGCUGCUGCAGGUUGGGAAGAAGAGGGUCGAGGUGAAAUUUGUUAACUGCGAUGAGGAUGACGUGGUGGCUGAUCUUCCCUACCCAUGCAGGGUGGAGGACUACUCCUGCGUCGUAAGAAGGGACAAGGGGAAGAUCGAAAUUUGCCUCAACUUGUGCGAAGAGUUCGUUCGGGCGUACGCCAAGAGUUUGUAUGAGGAGUACUUCUCCGGGCGGGAGGCGGAGUUGCACGAGGCGGAGGUGCACGUGGCGGAGCUGGACUACAUCGACGACGUGAUGCGCAGUCACGAGGUGGAGGCGAAAGCGGUGAAGGCGGCAAACGAAGCAGACGCAGCCAACUUGGCCAACUUGACAAACGAAGCGGACUCAGCCGACGCAGCCGACGCGGAGCCCCCAGCAGGGGAGGAAAAAGCGAAGGAGCACACGAGCAGCGUAGGAGAAGAGAGCACCCAUAAUGUCUUCCCCCCAUUUGAGGAAAAACUUUUUGACUUCUCCCAAAGUGAGGGGAAUAUGAAAAGGGACCUUCCUCCCGCUGAUGCGUCUGAGUGCACAUUGGAGAGGGCAGAAAUGGAUGAGAAGGAUAACACCGCGCCAUUUUCUGAGGUGGGCAAAAACAACGGGGAAGGAAAACAAAAGGAACACAUUCUUUACACCUUGGGAAGGGGAGAGGAUUCACUUGAGGGGGGGGGAAAAACUACGCCCCCUGAUUAUGCCAAGAUAGAAUUCAUCAAUGACGAUGCUGCCGUGGCAACGAAUGGAGUGGCCCCCUCAAGCGAGCAGUCAUCACCUCCACUGGCAUGCAAACAUGUGGGAAGGAAAGCAAACAAAGUGGGCGCGGAACGAGAAAAGGGCGAAAUGCUCAGCUGCGAAGAGGACCCUAAUGGAGGCCAGUUUUUGCUAAACAUGCAAAUGUACGAGAAUAUGGACAUGGCGGGGGCCUUCUCGUGCAGCUUGUGGGCGGCGUACUUGUGA